AUGGAUAACUCUAUAUGUCUCUGUAGCUCGACUCGGCUUCUAUCCAAACAAUAUGACGAAGAGCGAGCUAGAGAGUUGAUCCCUGCUCUCAACAGCCACCUCGAGGACGUCCGCCGACUCUUAGCAAAGUCGAAGGCAUUGUCCCGGGACGUGCAGUAUCAAAUCACGCCACGCAACCAGCGGACGAACAAGGCCCUGUCCGUGGACUCGGUUGACCUCGCGCCCGUCAAGCAGAUUUACGAGGUCUUCAGCGAGAAUGUUGAUGGCUUCUGGGUAGCCUCUGACGACCGUGUCAAUGCCGACUUGCGACGCCGGUUGGCUUGCAUAGUAAUAUUCCUGAGAUCCAAGUUGGAUCCUGAAGCUUCAGUGCCACCACAUAUCGCGAAGCCUUUUCAUGGACAGACAAACUAUGCGGACAUUCGCAAUUCUGGGAGAAAGUAUAUCCAAAUUGCCCGAAAGCUGGGUGGUCUGGGAUCGAUUCUCUGGCUUCCUUUAGACAUUCCACCAUCCACUUAUGAAAGAUACUUGAACACAGAUGAUGAAGAAGUCUUCAACCACUUAUUAUCGCUCGCUCCACAAGUCACGGAUCAUGCGGAUGUGGUCCAACGCCUCAUUCUAAGUCAGCUGCGUGAUCCGUCAUUGAAAUCAUCUUAUUACAAUUUAUUCGUGGGCUAUGCAGAGUUGAUCCCAGCUGCGGACCAGCUGUUGCUCUUACUUCAAGCAUUCGGUGCAGUCGAAAUCCCCGAGAUCCUCUUGAAGGGCGUGCGAGUCCCGCAACGCCGAUGGAAUACCGAUGGAGAAAUUGAAGCCGUCGAGGCUUCCAAAUUUGGUCUUUCGAAUGAGCUCGUCAAGCUCAUUUCUGAUGACGUUGAAUAUUCCUGUGCUAUAGAGAGCCCUAAUAUCAUCAAGCGCAGGCUAGACAACGACACCCUGGCUUUGUCGCUAUGCCCCGAAUUCUCUGUUUUCUUGUCUCGCGCUUUACGACCAAGAACUGUAGAAGAAUUAGGAGCAGUUGCUCUGAAGCUGCUUUGCUUUGUUUGUCCCCCAUGUUACGAAGGCAACACGGACUGGUCCGAACCCCUCAAAUUGGCAGCUUGGCUUAUAGUUGAGAAGACGACAAGAGCGUAUAAAGUGCCAACGCCACUCCGGACACAAGUUCUUGAGGCUAUUCUUUUCUUCUGCGAAAGAGACUCGGUUGCCAUGCGUCAUGUUGCCGUGGAUCGGGCUCGAUCGUUGCUGCGAAAGUCUAUGCCUUACUAUCUUCACGCUACCGUUGUGCUCUUUCGCAGUGUUCUCUACCGCAACGAAGGAGAAUUCACAAAGUCAGAGGCUCACAUACGCGACUUUGUAUGGCGUGGCCCGCGACCGGUUACUCGACGGGACCAUUCACUUCAUGGACGACUCCAUAUAUCUCAGAUGGAGAACAAGAUCAAGUGCACAGAUGACGACGUAUCCCUGCUCAUCUACGAAUGGAAAGCAGAACUACCGCUCUCGACCCUGGAUACCGAGGUGACAUUCCGACUCCAGAGCACGGCAGCACGUUUCUUCCAAUCCAUCGGAAACUUUGCUGCAGCCAGGGCUUCGCUGGAACAGACUCUCUCACUUGACAUGACAAAACCUCUGCGAGGAAACACGCGCCGGCUUUUGGUAAGCAGACUUGCCGACAUGUACUGCGAGAUGGAAGAGUACUCAAAGGCAGCCGAGAUCCUACGACCAGAGCUGAGUAGCUCGAAUAAGCCCGAACUCUCACGUCGAGCCUAUCCGCGGCUGCUGCUAUCAUCAGCGGAGUUCAACAUCGGACUAGAAAACUUUGACGCCGCAGAACUCCUACUCAGGGAGCUCGAGACUCAACACACCACGCCGAUUGGUAUAGAUACGCUCUUUGAUCAGCAGUUACAUAUGCGUGCCGUCCUCGCUGUGGCUCGGAUAGCCCACUUCAGAUCGGAUAAGAACCUCGCCGUGAUACGAUGGAGGCACGCCCUUCAAGAGAUUCAGCGUAUGCAUGCCCUCAAAGCAGAAGCCGGCUUUACGGCGGCGACGAUACACUUGUCCUUGGCUCACGCACAGCUUGCCGCUGGCGAUGUAGUAGGCGCGUCAGCAUCUUGGGCUGCUGGAUCGGAGAUACUCAAGACUGAGACGUGCGAGUUUUGGCUUCCGAUUGUGCCGACCGUGUGGCUCAAGAAGGUCACCCGCGAGGUCUAUGAAGCUCAGUGUUGGACGUUUCGCAUGAUGCUACCUGGCGCCAAACCUGACGAUACAACACCGUGA